AAUACACUAUCAAUCUACGAUCUCAAAAUAAAUCAUGGACCACAAAAUCUCAAUGUAUUUGUUUGUGUCUUACCUAGCAAUCUUUACUCUUUUCUUCAAAGGCUUUGUCUCCUCGUUUCCUUCGGGAUAUAACAAUGGUUACAAUAAUGGUCACGGAUAUGGACUAACUAGCAAUCUCAACUAUCGAUUCUAUGACCGGUCUUGUCCUCGUCUUCAGAUGAUUGUUAAGUCCGGAGUUCGGAGAGCUUUUCAAGAUGAUUCUAGAAUCGCUGCGUCUCUUCUCCGGCUCCAUUUCCACGAUUGUUUUGUCAAUGGAUGUGAUGGAUCUAUACUUCUGAACGAUUCCGAGGAUUUCAAAGGAGAGAAGAACGCUCGGCCAAACCGAAACUCAGUCCGUGGCUUCGAAGUCAUUGAAGACAUUAAAUCUGAAAUCGAAAGUUCUUGUCCCUUAACAGUUUCAUGCGCUGACAUAGUUGCUCUCGCAGCUAGAGAAGCCGUCGUCCUCACUGGAGGGCCGUUUUGGCCCGUGCCUUUGGGACGAAGGGACUCAUUAACGGCGAGUGAGCAAGCGGCGAAUACAAAUCUGCCAUCUCCGUUUGAGCCGUUGGAAAAUAUAACGGCCAAGUUCGUGACCCUUGGACUCGACCUCAAGGAUGUUGUUGUUCUCUCAGGAGCACAUACUAUAGGAUUUGCUCAAUGUUUCGUGAUCAAGCACAGACUCUUCAACUUCAAGGGCUCAGGCCAGCCUGACCCAAACCUAGCCGCUUCCUCAGCACUUCUCUCUAAGCUAAAGGACACGUGUCCUAACGUGGACUCCUCAGAUUCUAAGCUCGCUGCUCUUGACGCAGCUAGCUCAGUCAAGUUUGACAAUGCUUACUACGUGAACUUAAUGAACAACAUAGGACUGUUGGAUUCCGAUCAAACCCUAAUGACGGAUCCUACGGCUGCCGCCUUGGUGAAGUCGUACAGCGAGAAUACGUACUUGUUCUCGAGGGAUUUCGCAGUUUCAAUGGUUAAAAUGGGGAGUAUCGGAGUUAUGACCGGAAGUGAUGGAGUAAUUAGAGCAAAAUGUGGAUUUCCAGGUUAAGUUAUAUAGACUCCUUUGAACGCGCGUAAACACUAAAUCCAAAUCAGUCUAUAAUAUAUCUAGAAGUAAUCU